AUGCGAAAGGAUCACGGCUUGUCAAGAGAAGCAACUUCAAGGACGUCCCGGUCUCAAGCUGGAGGGCUGUGGGGACUCUCGACGUUGGACAUCAAGCAAGAUGGGACUUUCAACGAUAUCUACUCCUGUUCACCCGUCGACAGGGCGACGGAGAUCACGCUUGAUAAAAUCCAGUGCCUCCCACCGCUUCACGAGACUCUCCCUGUUAUUGAGGCCUAUUUUGCCAAUGUCAACAGUGCAAUGCCACUCUUCCACGAGGGCAAGUUCAUGACCAUGGUUUGGCAAUGGUAUUCAGAGUCAAAGGUGAGGCAGAACAGCUCUAACUGGGCAGCGAUCAAUGUUGUCUUCGCUCUGUCGCUUUGGCAUGACCUGUCUCGGAGAACACCGGAUGAUGACCGUUUGAUGUGCCAGUGUAUUCGCAACGCACAAACGGCGCUACAUGCGUCCACACUCACAGAACAUUCGCUGUUGGACCUUCAGAUUGUCGUGGGCCUCGCAAUGCUGUUUCAAGCAGGGCCCAAUCCUCGUCCUACCAGCAUUUUGGUAGCAAUGGCCGUCAGGAUGGCUCACCGGCUGAGAUUGCACACCAAAAACCAAAUAACACAGUUUGAUGCCAGCACAGCCUGGGAACGGGAUCGAGUCUUUUGGAUCGUCUAUGUGCUCGACAGGGACAUCAGUCUUCGCCUUCGAGACCCCUAUCAUCAGCAAGAUCAUGACAUGGAUGUCGACCUUCCAGACUUCAAGAGCAUCGACGAGAGUGGCGGCAUAGUCUUUGGGAACGAUGGCACCACCUGGAUCAACUUUCUCCUUUGUCGGAUCGAUCUCGCGCGAAUCCAGGCCAAGGCCUACGACAUGAUGUUUUCAGUCCAAGGCGAGAAGUUGGAGGGAGCUCAGAGAGAAGCAGCAGGUGCGGAGAUAGCCUUGAUGCUACGCGAGUGGAAGGAAUCAAUUCCCCAGCAAUUCCAACCUGGUGUGCUCUCAGCCCAUUCGUUCGCCCCAUCCGUACGGUUUUUGGCAUUGCUGCAUUUCAGCUACUACCACUGUCUUUACCUCGUUCGUGGCAUCUUCUCGCACGAUUCGGGAUGGAUCAGGCGAUUGACGCGGUAUAGCGAUCGCUACGCCGUUGAGCAUUGCGGAUCUAAUCCAGAUAAUGACUACUUGUCUCCUCUACCAUCGAACUGGUUCGAGGGCGUGCACGCCUCGAGGGAGUGUAUGAGGCUGUUCCAUGUGGUAGAUUCUAAGGAUCUCGCCCUUGUCGGGUACGCUUUCCUGAAGACUCACCUCAGCUUGUGA